AUGAAAAUCUUUUUAGAUACUUAUAAUAAAUGUGGUUGUAUGAGAAAAGAACAUAUGUAUAUUACUUAUGAAGUUCGUAAAUUUAUUACUAAUAUUGUAACGAACAGUAAGAAUAUAACACAAUCUCCAAUCGAUGGAAUUGAACAACUUAUUAAAGAUUUAAAAGAAGAACAAGAAGCUAUUAUUAAAGUUUGUACUCAGUUAGGACAAUUUCUUCGUGCAAAUGCACUUAGUCCAGUAAACGAUAAUAUUUUGGAAUAUAUUGAAGAUUUUAUUCGAGAAGAAAAAACAAAAAGGAGUGCUGAAGUUCAAAAUGAUGGUGUUAUUGUUGGUUUAGAAAAAUUACUAGUUGAUUAUAAAAAUGAAAUGAAUAUUCUUCAACAACAAUUCAUCAGAUUCUACUGA